CUUACUGGGUUUUCUGUCGUUGUUUGAUGCAUCUAGUUUGUUUUGGUAAGGAUCUGACUUUUUUAAAAUGCCCGCGCCGCGCUCGAAGAGAUAUGAAUCAGAGUACUUUUCACAUUACAAGCAAUUUGAGGCUAAACGUCCUGAUACAGUUAAGGGUGAAGUAACAAGAUCAGUGACCAAGAGCAACAUGUACAGUAAUGGUUCAACACCAAGGGCAGGCCUACAGUCCAGUAAGCUGGGUACUAUUCAUGAACCUCCACUUCAAAGAAAAAGAAUUGUGCCAUAUGAAAAGAACCACAACAUCUUCGCAACUUUUACUGUUAAAGAGCAGAAUGAUAGAGACUGGUUAAAGUCUGGUGGAGAAUUGCACAGGUCCCGUUCAUAUCACAGACAGCACAAAGAGGAAAAAAGUACAAAGGCUGCAAGAAGUUCAGUAUUAAACAGAAGUGAAACACCAAUCCUUGCAGCUGAAAGAAAGAUUUUUCAUGAUCAAGAGCAGCAUGGAAACAGAAAGCAGCCAGUUUAUGUGCCAGACAGAAUCAACAGGAAAAGCACUUAUAAACUGGAUUAUGUGGAUUAUGAGAAACAAUCUAAGUCACCUAAAAAGAGCAAACCCAGAAAACAGCAGAGUCCACCAAAGGUAGUGGGGGGAAAGAAAGGAGAUGUCAGCCCAGAUCGCCUUCCACCUGCUGGGAUCAGAAGAGCCACAAGUAUUGGUGACACACGACUUUUAAGGCCUUCAGAAGAUUGCCAGUACUUAAGGUCACCAGAGCGCCAACAAAAAGUUUUUGAUUCAGAGUAUUCAAGCCGUUUUGUUCAGCCAACAAAGUUCAAAUACGUAGAUGGAUUAUGGAUAGAAACUCCCAUCAGCACGGAGGCAACUCAUAACGUAAAGGAUAAACAGAAGGAUACGCCAGAUUGGUUUAAUCAGGUUCUUCAUCGUCGUAAUGAGGCCUAUGGUUACGCGCACAAUGCGCGAGGAACGCAUUUCUCUCGCGAGAGCCUUGAUGAAAUCAACAGAGAGCAGCAGGUAGAACGCGCAGGUUCUCUUUCCUCAGCUGAGGAAAGGAGCAGAAAUGAUGCAACACACCCACGAUCCAGAGCAAGAAGCAUGUCGCCACCACGAAGACGCGAAGCGUGGGCCGAAGAACGUUCUCGCUCUCCGACAGAUUCCGAAGACAGGCGAGCGGGCUCAGGAACGGACGCAACAUCUGAUGAUGGGACCGACAUGGUUCUUGAGCGAGGUCGAUCUCCGACUCCAGAACUUCGAGAUACCCGAACUGCUCGACGGCACCACCUCGAUGUUACGACUAAUAUCUUGAACGACAGCUUUGAGAAGUCUGUAUCGCUUUCGCGGAAAACGAAACCUCCUUCACAGGGCGACAACAAGCCCGGCCGGAAUGGCUUUAGCACACCUCCUAGAGAGGUGAGGGCGGCACGCUCCCCCAAGGAAGAGAAGGAAGCUCGUCCUGUCAGCCCGGCCGCCUCGAGUGUGGGUUUGGGAGCUGAUGCAAGGUCCUUCACACCCAUCCGCAAGGUAGAAAUAUCCCCGCCUGAUCCCCGUCAUGUCAGUCCACCGGCUAGCGUCGGGGGUAGUGAGAGGGGAAGAGAUGAUGACGUGUUGUCUGUGUCUGCGAUGUCGAGUCGUGCGUCAACCGCAUCGGAGACACUUGAACGAGCCAGGAAACGGCGAGACGAGUUUUGGAAACGAGAAAAUGGGCCAAGAUAGGAAGAUACACCGAAAACUGAAAACGAUAGAAGUACAAAUGCCUAGUUUUGAUACAUGUCUAAGUAGAGUAACUCCUUUGUCCACUAAAAUUUCAUUUAAAUCUGUGAAAGCAGUUUUUUACCAGUUAAUUCUUAGAAAAUCGUUUCUUAAUGAAUCGCACCCAAAUAAUAAGAUCACAUCUGUCUUGGUAAAAACACGUGAAUUACUUUUUAUAGCACUUCUUGUAGUCGAAAGUGCUUCCCCCAGUGUUUUUUUUUAUACGUGGUUUCAAACGAUAGGUUUUUUUAAUUAUAAGCUUUAAGUAAAAAAAAAUUGUAAAUGAUUAAAAAACAACGUGAUUCUCUGUCUAUCUGUUUUGCACCAGAGCGUGAAGUGUAAACAUAUUUUCAAUGAUUGUCAUCCACUGUCCACUGUUUUUGUCAGUGGAGACGCGUGAUGAGGAUUAAAGGCCGAAAGUGGGAAACACAAUGUAAGUGUGGUUGUUUGACGAUUGACAA